AUGUCGGAACCUUUGCUCUCGGAUGCGCGCCUGGCGAGCGAGUUGGACUUCUUCAAGCACCACGCCGACUCGAUCGCGCAGAACAAGAUCAAGCUGCCGUCGAGUUACGUGCCAGCGGUCAAGGACCGACCGAGGAAGCCGACGCUCGUCAAUGUAAGCGCCCACAUCCUGACCCAGACGUGUCUUCGUCCUUUCUGGGUCCUUUCUGGGUCCGGCUGGGACGUGUCGCUGUCCAGUGCAAGACCGCACUGGCCCCCACCGCCCGUGCGCACUGCACGACCAGCUCGCACGGCGCGGACACGGAGACCACUGGCUACGAACCCGCGUACCGUCCCUCCUUUUGUACUCGCUAGCGGUACUUGUCCCACACAGGGAUAACGAUUGUCCGUUUGAUUUGACAACUGACCAGUUCCUCGUCCCCCUUCCGACAUCAUCGUCGAUCUACAGGUGCCCGUCGUCGAACCCCCCACCCCUUCGAUCGAAGACGACUCAACCCUUACGAACGACGAGAUCAAGCUGACCAUCAAGUCGCUCAAACCGGCCCUGUCCUUCUCGCUCAAGGCCUCGCCGACAUCGACGAUCCAGACGUGCAAGAUGCUGCUCGUACAGCAGAACCCGACCGCGCCCGCUCCCGAGCAACAGCGAUGGAUCCUCAAGGGCAAGUCGAUGGGCGACACCAAGCUCCUGCGCGAGUUUGCGGUCGAGAACGGUUCGGUCGUCAACCUCAUGAUCACCAAAGCUGUCGCACAAGCCCAGGUCGCCGAUCCUGAACCGACCGAAGCAUCCGUGGCGUCGACGGGAGCAUCAACGACGCUGGCUUCGACCUCGACCGCACUCUCCCCACCUUCUACCCCGGCUCAUGGAGGGACCGCAUCCGGUCGACAUUCUCGCGUCCCCUCCCUCACCCUGUCCGAACCACCGGAACCCUACACCCCAUCAAGACGAGGCUCCAGCGCAGGCUCGCACCGUUCCGUCCCUUCCCUAAGCAUCACGACCGACCUCCUCUCCUCCCCCUUGUCGCUCGAUGCGCACCAGCCCGCCUCGGCACGUUCAGCCGGAUCAGACGAGUUCAUCGCCGGUGUCUCGAACCCUGACUUGUGGACCGAGGCGUUUGAAUUGUUGAAACGACACUUUGAGGGGGACGAGUCCAAGGCGCAGAGCGUGUGGGAGAGUUGGCUGUCCGGGUCGAGGGAUUGGAUCUCGCCAGGAGACAAGGCCUUGAUUAGAAGUAAAGCUGGCGUUAGUGCGAUGGGUGGGUACUAG